AUGGUUUUAGUAGUCUGGGAUGUGAGUCCUGUAGGUAAUUGUGUGUUGAGACCCUUGUGCCGAGCUUUGGGAGAAGGUAGGGGGAAAGAAGAAGUUUGGUGGAGGAACGCAGGUGCUUAUGCUCCUUAUCGACCCCUUGGGGAAGGGAGAGAAAGAUUACCGAGAGGAUGCGAAUUGGAUCAGGUCACUAUUUUCCAUCGUCACACUGCUCGUUACCCAACUGUCAAAGGUGGUGAUUGUCUUCACCGAGCAUUGCAUAAAUUGGCGAACCGGUCGAUCAUCUCUCCCAGAAGACAUCCAGAGUUAGCUUUUCUGGCAAAAGCAGACUUACAUCUAACCGGAUGGAAGAUGACCGAGCUCACGGACCAAGGGAGGAAAGCUGCUUGGAAAGCUGGCAAACAAACUGCAUCAGUCUACAAACGUUUUCUCUCUCGAACAGAGGGUAUUUUCACACGGGCAGGAGGUAUAAGUCGUGUGAUUGAGACAGGAUCGUAUUGGCUGCAGGGCUUUCAAGGAUCUCCUUUUAAACUAAUUCCUGAAGACCAAAGACCCCGAGUGAAUCUUACCAUACCCGAGGACCCGGAGACGAAUAGUACUCUAUCAGUUCACAAGUGUACAGCGUUUGAAACAGUAGAUCCCGCUCCUGGAGUUGAAGAACAAAUCCAGCUAAACCCUCUUCGGCAACCCAUCGCUGAUAGACUCAACAACAUCCUGCGACCUCAACCCCCACUGGAUGGUAUCGAAGUCUCCUGCCUCGCCGAUAUGUGUGCGUACGAUUCUCAAAUCUCCGGUGUAGAUUGGAAAGGAUGGAGUAAGUGGUGUGGUAUGUUUACCCGAGAGGAAUGGGAGAUUCUGGGUUACCGACGAGAUGUGGGGAGGUAUUAUGGAGUAGGACAGGGUAGCAAAUAUGGUUCAACCAUGGGGGCUGGCUAUGUGAGAGAAUUAGUGGCCCGUCUGACAGAUUCUACACCUUUAGAAUAUCCCACGAUAAACUCCACUUUAGCUUCCUCAAACUUGACUUUUCCUCGGGGUGGCAAGCGGCUGUUUGUCGACUUUUCACACGACAAUGAAAUGGUCCAGAUUCUCUCUGCCAUGCAUGUCCUUAAUCAACAUAACGAUCUUCCAAAAACUACUAUACAAGACAAACGGUCUUACGUCCUAGCUGAGAUUAUACCUUUUGGGGCUAAAGUGGUUUUCGAACGGAUAUCUUGUGAUAUGGCCGGUUGGGAGCCAGAUCCUGGUGUUGUCAGUGACUUUGGGGAUCGGGAGAAGGACGGAAGGAAAGAUUAUGUGAGAAUAUGGGUGAAUGACGCUUUACAAACUGUCGAUGAUGUAAAUUGUAAACAAUCUGGUUUGGCAGAACAUGGAAUGUGUGAACUUGAUCUUUUCAUCGAUAGUCAAUCAUGGGCUUUGACACAAGCCGACUGGGGGAUCUGUGCGACGUCAUAG